AUGCAUGAGAAGACCUGGCCACUGAGCCUGCUGCUCCUGCUGGGCCUGGGGCUAAGAUCUCAGCAGGCGCUGCCCCCACCCUGUGAGAGCCAGAUUUACUGCCAUGGAGAUCUCCUGCAUGAAGUUCAGAUGGCCAAGCUCUUCCCAGAUGACAAGCAGUUUGUGGACAUGCCACUGUCCAUGGCUCCAGAUAAGGUCCUGCUUGACUUCAGUGAGCUGGCCAAGGCGAACAACAACAACAUCUCCCGACAACAGCUGCAGGAGUUUGUCAACAGUCACUUCCAGGCAGUGGGGCAGGAGCUAGAACCUUGGACCCCUGAGGACUGGAAGGACAGCCCCCGGUUCUUGCAGAAGAUCUCGGAUGCCAAGCUGCGGGCCUGGGCAAGAGAGCUGCACCAGCUCUGGAGGAAGUUGGGAAAGAAGAUGAAGCCAGAGGUUCUAAAUCAUCCUGACCAGUUCUCGCUGAUCUAUGCUGAACACCCCUUCAUCGUGCCUGGAGGGCGCUUUCUUGAAUUCUACUAUUGGGACUCCUACUGGGUAAUGGAGGGCCUGCUUCUCUCAGAAAUGCCGGAGACGGUGAAGGGCAUGCUGCAGAACUUCCUGAACCUGGUUACAACCUAUGGCCAUAUCCCCAAUGGCAAUCGUGUGUACUACCUACAGCGGAGCCAGCCCCCACUCCUGACCCUCAUGAUGGACCGCUACGUAACACACAACAGUGACAUGGCCUUCCUACGGGAGAACAUUAUGACUCUGGACUUGGAGUUGAGCUUUUGGGCUGAGAAGAGAAACAUCACUGUUAGCUCCGGGGGAACCAACUAUCACCUGAAUCGCUAUUAUGUUCCUUAUGGGGGACCCAGGCCGGAGUCCUACAGCAAAGAUGAAGAGUUGGCGGGCACCGUACUAGCAGACGACCGGGAAGCUCUGUGGGCUGAGCUGAAGGCUGGCGCUGAGUCCGGCUGGGACUUCUCUUCCCGCUGGCUCUCCGGGGGCCCAAACCUCGAUUUGCUCAGCACCAUCCGAACCAGCAGAAGGGUGCCUGUUGACCUCAACGCCUUCCUGUGCCAGGCAGAGGAGCUGAUGAGCAAAUUCUACACCAUACUGGGGGAUGAAGCUCAAGCCACAAAGUACAGAAAUUUGCGGGCACAGCGCAUGGCGGCCCUGAAGGCCAUUCUGUGGGAUGAAGAGAAAGGUGCCUGGUUCGACUACGACAUUGACAGUGGGAAGAAGAACCCAGAGUUUUACCCAUCCAACCUCACUCCUCUCUGGGCUGGUUGCUACUCUGACCCUGCAGAUGCCGACAAGGCCCUGAAAUACCUGGAGGACAACCAGAUCCUCACCUACAAGUAUGGAAUCCCAACUUCUCUUCGGAACACAGGCCAACAGUGGGACUAUCCCAAUGCCUGGGCCCCACUGCAGGACCUGGUCAUCAGAGGUCUGGCCAAGUCGCCUUCACCUCAGACCCAGGAAGCGGCUUUCCAGCUGGCCCAGAACUGGAUCCGAACCAACUUUGAUGUUUACUCCAGAAAGCUGGCCAUGUAUGAGAAGUAUGACAUCAGCACCGGUGGACAACCAGGAGGGGGAGGGGAGUACGAAGUUCAGGAGGGGUUUGGCUGGACUAACGGGAUGGCUCUCAUUCUCCUGGACCGCUAUAGUGACCGGCUAACCUCGGGGGCCCAGCCAGCUCUCCAGAAACCCCACUACCUGGCAGUCACCCUCCUGCUCAGCACCCUGCCCAACCUCUUGCCAUGA